AUGACAAGCUCAUGGAAAAGAGAUCAAUCGUCCAGUUUUGAAUGGUUUCGUUUCUUCAAAAAAAGACAUCCUGAUAUUUCGUUGAGAAACCAGAAGCUGCACGGUCGUCAGUGUGGUAUGGAUCACUAUAUGAGCUUGUCGACAUGCACGGUGGCGCCAAGGCACGGCGCCGCGGCCGCGUGCGCCGUGACUGCCCCUCGGCGCGCUGCGUCUACGCACGGCGUGAUUUUCACCAGUGUUGUAUGGCAGUCUAUCGGGGAUUCCUGGAAAGAAAUAUUUAUUCAUUUCCAGCCCACAUUUGAAGAUUUAAGUGGUGAUGAGAAAAACAAGUUUGGGCAAAUGGUGAUGAAGAAGUGGACCAAUAUGAAAGAUAGCUGGAUAAAAUAUGACAAAAAAAUUAAUGAAUGUAAGUCUGGUUCUUCAGCAAAAAAAAUAAGAAAAUAUAUGUUCUAUGAUGAAAUGAUGUUCCUAAAAAAAAAUGUUGAGCAUCGCAAGACCGAUUCUAACAUGACUGAACAUGUUCAUGAUUCUAGCCUCAGUAAUGAAAAUUUUGAUAGUGCAGUCCCGAAUCAAUCAAGCUCGGGAUACACUGAACGGAGUGAGACGCAAAGGGCUAAAAAAAAAAGAAAAAAUGAACUAAGUGAAGUUGACAUUAGGUUUAUGAAGUUUAUGGAUUCAGCAGAACGAGAUGAGAAAAAGAAAAGCCGUAGUAUGAACUUUUUUAUGGGAAUCGCUGAUACAGUUGACAAGUUCAGUGAUGAAAAUAUGAUAGACUUUCAGUUUCAAGUAAUUUCAAUAAUUAAAAAUAUUCAACAAAGACAGUGUACUCAGUAUAUACCUACAUCAAGAAACCAAUGGGAUCAAGGCCAUCAAGGAUAUUUAAGUGGUACAGCAUCCUCAAAUGCGCAAUCGUCAACAUAUGGAUAUUCUACAGCUGCUAGAUCGAGCUAUGGAAUAAGUCGUCCACAGACGUCUUCUCAUGAUUUUGGACACGGUUCUGGUUUAGAGCCAAUCCACUACCGACCCGAAUCACAAUUAUCUGUACAUAGUGUAAAUGCGGAAAGUAUCUCGGCAGAUUCUCAAGUUUCUAUUGAAGACGAAUUCGAUUUUAGUACCGCACUUGAGUAGCAUUUUCAGCGUAGUGUAUUUUUUGAUUUACUUGUUCUUAAAUUAAUAAUUAUUAAAAUUCAAUUACAUGUAAUAAUUUUGUUUGUGUGCAAUA